UCUUCCGCAUAUUACGAUACUUUAAGUCUGCACUACGAAAAUGUCUGCUCUUUUUUAAGUAUGGGCAACUUAAAAUAGAAGCAUUUACAGAUGCCGAUUGGGUUGGAUCCCUAAAUGAUAAAAGAUCAACUAUAAGUUACUGCGCACUUGUUGGUCGCAACUUAGUCACAUGGAAAAGUAAGAAACAAAGUAUGGUUGCUCGCUCCAAUACUGAGACAGAAUAUAAAGCAAUGGCUCAAGAACCCGGGAGAAGGCGAUGGUUGUUAAUUUAGAGUUUAUAAAGGCUAUAGUCACUGCUGAAGAGGUCCUAUUGUUGGAUCCUCUUCGCCAGGAGGUUCUCCCGUUUGUGGAUCAACUAAGGCAACAACUUCCUCAUAAAGGCGCAUUUAAGAUUCAUGGAACUGGUCCUCCAGAUGUGCAUGAUAGUGAAAUGCAUGUUUCACCAGGUGGACAAUGGCUACCUGUUCCAGAAGUUGUUGAGGGUUUACAAUGUGAGCUUCCGUUUGAGUUUCAGGUUUUGGAGAUCGCAUUAGAGGUUGUCUGUACGUAUUUGGACACCAAUGUGGCAGACCUUGAAAGAGAUGCUUACCCUGUAUUGGAUGAACUGGCUAGGAAUGUCAGCACCAAGAAUCUUGAACAUGUUCGAAGUUUGAAAAGCAACCUUACACGUUUGCUUGCACGGGUACAAAAGGUGAGGGAUGAGAUUGAACACCUAUUGGAUGACAAUGAAGAUAUGGGGCAGCUAUAUUUAACAAGGAAGUGGAUGCAGAAUCAGCAAUCUGAAGCUGUAUUAGGGGCUUCAGCAUCAAAUGCCAUUGUCCCUACUGUGUCUAGUCCAAACAGAACUGCUAGUUUGGUGACAAGCAAUCUCGACAAUAAUGAUGUUGAAGAUCUGGAAAUGUUGCUUGAGGCUUAUUUUAUGCAGUUGGAUGGAACGCGUAACAAAAUACUUUCUAAUGGAGUUCUUGGAGAGCUUGGAAAAGAGAAGAAAGAAGUCCAAAAGGACUUAGGAAAAGGAUGCCACGCGAGCAGCAUGCACGGGUGGCGUGUGUUUGCCGCGUGGGUUGGCGUAGGCUGGGCACGUGGGUUGGGUCAGUUGGUUGCGCGGGUUAGUCUUCCGUGCGCACAGGGAUUUGGGCGUGCGCCUAAGUUGUUUCGCACAUGCGCCUGGGCUGCACAUGUGCCUUGCUGUCUGCGCACAUGCAUGUGCACGUUGUGGCAUGCGGAUGCUGCUGCUCGCAUGCCCUGCGGCUGUUUCACGCGGGCAACAAUCCCACAGGUGAGUUUUUCCGCACAGGUGACGAAGGUAGGUCACAUGAGAGGCAUGUGCUUUCCGUGGGUUUUCUGGGCCUGAUAGCUUUUUUCGGGCCUUAUAUUGGGCUUCAAUGGUAAUCUUGUUAUUCAUCAACUCUUGAACCAAAAGAUUGAAAAUAUUCUUGAAUUUCUUGACCCUACUUGUAAUCAGACCUAGGGGCAAUUGGAUUUGAUUUCCUGUUAGCCCUAGCUCAUCCUGGACACUUGUAUCUUUCCCUUUGUGAGACUAUCUGUCUUUGACGUCCUUUUGCGUAUUUGUUGUGCCUGGAAUCACAUUAGAAACUCUCUUGGAAGCAGAUUUUGAAAAAAAAAAAAAAAGCUUUCCUGACAUUCAUUCUUUUGCUGGGAAGCUGCUUGAGGCAAAUUCGCUCUCUAGAUGGUUGCUUUUGUGUAUUCAUGCGAAUGAAUCUGCCAACCAUCUCUUUAUCUGGAGGCAGAAGGUGUUGGGAUUCAGCCUUUAGAGUCCUAACUUUGUCUUUGUGGUUUGUGGAAUGUUGGGCUUCUGAAAGUAAUGGAGCUGUGAAAAGCUAGGAGGAAGCUGAUCUCCCUAAUUCCUUGGACUAUUCUUUUCCUUAUUUGGAAAGAAAGGUUCGUGAAUACAUAGAUGACACGGAGGAUUAUGUCAACAUCCAGCUCGACAACCAGCGAAACGAACUUAUUCAACUCCAGCUGACUUUAACAAUUGCUUCAUUUGCUAUAGCUAUGGAAACCUUG